CGUUAGCGACAGCCGCCGGCGGCGCCGAUUGGGCGCGGGGCGGGGCCGCCCGUCAGCUGUGCGCGCCGCUAUAACAACAAAGGGCUGCGCAGGGCGCGGAGUUGGCGCGGUUGCGGCGCUGGGAGCGGUAGCGCGGUGCGGCCCAGAGGUGUAACACAAACUGUUUACCAGCCAUGACUCUGCAUGUCCUGUACCGAAGCUAAUAAAGCAUCUGUGCACUUUAAUCUGAAGUCUAUGCCACCCUGCUAGAACAGUGUGAGCUGUGCCUUGAACCUUGGAUAUAAAGAUCUACCAGCCAAAGUCUUGUUCCUGCCUUAGUAAUGUUCCAGAGAUUAAAUAACAUGUUCAUGGGAGAGAUUGAUGGCUUGUCCAGCCAAGAGCCAGAGUUCAGUGAGAAAGAAGAUGAUGAGUGGAUUCUGGUUGACUUCAUAGCAGACACUUGCACUAACUGCGCUGUGGAGCAAGAUGACAUUGCUGAAACAUCACCUGCAGGCAGCUCACCGGUCUUCUCCUGCCUGCCAUCUCCCCUGGAGCACCUGCCUGAGGCCAGCGAGUCGUGCUUCAUCCAGUUUGAGUCAUGUCCCAUGGAGGAGAGCUGGUUCAUCACCCCUCCGCCAUGUUUUACUGCAGGUGGGCUGACUGCCAUCAAAGUGGAAACCAGCCCCAUGGAGAACCUCCUCAUUGAGCACCCCAGCAUGUCUGUCUAUGCUGUCCACAAUGCCUGCCACAGCCUCAGUGAUGCUGGAUGUGGGGAUGAGGAAUUCUGCAGCCCGGGCAGUCCCAGACUGGAGGCCCGAAAUGAAACAGGACAGCGUGUUCACUGCUACGUCGCAGCUCUUCCUACUCGUUCAAGCUUUCUGGAAAAAAACAAGAGCUUUCGUCCUACCCACUGGAUAAAAGAACACAGCAAAAGACACUAUCUCAAUAGAAAUGGUCUCCGUCGCCAAAACCUCACCAGGGAUUGCCACUCUCGGCAUAUCAAGCACAACGGACUGUUUGUUCACCAGCCUUGCCAGCGUCAGUUCAAUUACUGAUGGCUCUCGUGGUUUUAAUCUAUGAUCUAAUUGUUUCUUAGGUUGCUCAUGUUUUCAUGCAUAGGUAAGUGUGGUCAAUCUGCAGCUGAUCAAUCCCUCAGACACAAUCACAACCAGUGCUGCAUUUGUUUGAAGUGACACAUCUCCAAAAAUCUUGCUGCAAGUCUAAAUGAUGUUAAAUAUCAGUGUCUCGGAAGCCUGUCAGUACAGUAGUUUGUGUGCUGACCUAUCUACUAUGUAUAGAUGGGUUCAUAGGUAGUCUUUUAAGAAGCUUAACUGAGAAAAUCAGUUACAUCUUUGCAUUAAUCGAAGUGGAGUUUGAGAAUUUGAAGUUAGCCUUAUGCUUUAAUGACAAGUACUUGACAGUUCAUGUAUCUGUCUGUAUUGGGCAUAUAUGAUUACCUUCUAACAAGGAAAUACUGUAGCUGCCAGUGAAUACUACAUAGCUAUGCUGAACUGUUACAAGGACAACUAAUCUGAAUUGCCUAGUACCUACCUGUGUUUGCAUGGAGUCUGUGUAGUUGUGUUAGGUACUUAAUGUGAGUAUCAGAAAAGGGUUAAACGUCCCUUUGAUAUUUCUGCAGUAUCUAUGGCACUGGUGUUACAGAUGAAGUACCUCACAGUGGAGUGAAUGGAAAAGUGGACCUAUGGGUUUAGUGCAGAUGCAUAACCCAGGGAGCUGAACUGUUCUACCUGGUACAGUUUGAGUUCUCUUCCCUCUCUCUAACUCUUUUUAUUGUUGAAGAAAGAUCAAUUUUUUUUAAAACCUAAUCUAUUCCGUUUGUUCUGUAGUCACCGAAAAAAGGUGGAUCGACUGUUCUUCUAAUCCCACUGGUAGCUGACUGCUUCUCAAAGAAGUCAGGCUGAUGCUCAGCUAUUUCUGAGCUGCUGAUUGCUGUUAGAUUUUCUUGUUUACAGGUUGAGAGUUGCUGAAAUAUAGCUGGAAGGAAGACUUAUCAGAAGUUCUUCUAACUCUCUAUCUCACCUGUCCUCCCACUCAGUCAAGUCCGAGAUGAAUUGUGACUGGAAAUGAAGGGCAAUGUGUGGCAAGGAGAAGAGCAUGCUAAAACAAUCUUACAGAACUAAAUACAGAUAACGGUGUAUAAAAUUUGAGGCACUUCAGCAGUGGUGGUUUUUUUUGUCAACAGGGAGUAGAAAGACUGGAUAUCAAUUCUGUGGGCCACCAGGGAAGAAAAGCCACUCAAAACUAACAAAUACUUAAGUAUUCUCUCUGAAGAACGCUCUGCAAGAUACAUUGGAAGUUGCUGGGCACUUAAAGGCAAAAAAAAAUCUCUUAUUAAUAGAUUGUACAUUACACAGCAUCCACAUGGUACACUGAGCCCCGACAGAUAAUCUAGCAAGUGGGUUAAAUCUCUUUGAAGGAGAGAGGGCAGAAAUCCUCACAAAAGAAGCGGGGGGGAAAUAGUAAUUUUACUUUGUUUCUGUCAGUGCCCAACUGUUGUGUGGUUUUUAUCCUCCCCGUGCUGGGUGCCUAAAGCAUUAAAGAGUUAAUGAUGAAUUCAGUCAUGUCUUCCAGUAGUUCUUAGACAGAAGUUAGCAUAAGGAGUCACGUGGGGAGUACUGGAACUAGGGCAAUAUCAAUGUGAAUUGUUCCAGACCUGUAACACUUGUUUUCUAAAUCCAUCCAAAUGCUUCAAGUUUCACAGAAGCCCAACAACUUGAACUAGUCUUGGUGUAGUGAGAGCAUCACGUAGUGCAUGAUGUAGUUACUGUGCAUAGUGCAGCUGGAAUUGUUGGGGAACAUACCUAGUGUGCAGAAAACAGCAUUUAUUUCAGUUUCCAUUUCUCAUUUCAGUCUUGCUGCUUCCCUGGGAUUAGUUAGGGUUGUUGCAAAGGGAUGUUGACAAAUACAUGCAUGUAUAAGAGCGGGUGGUGCUUUCCUGGAUACACUAGUCUUUAAAACACAUGGAACUCAUGUGAACUGGGAAAGAGAAUAAAAUCGGUCCCAUCAUGAGCCACAAAAAUAAGGGUGAGGAUGUUACUACUCUUUGAAGCCUUAUGUGCCCAUGUCCUCACAGUUUCUCUUUUUGUGGUCCAAAUACUCUGGUUUAUCUCCAAGUAGCUGUAGUUUCUCCAGUCUUGCAUCUGUACACUGACAAACUUCUGCUUGCCUCAGAUGAUCUACCUUUACCACUCCAACUCUUUAUCCAGCUUAAGACUUCCUUCUCCUCACUGCCAACUUUCUAGCUCAGGAAAAUUCUGUGCUUUCCUAUAUUUUUUUUCUUGAUAUAUCAAGUAACUACUUUCCUUCAGCUUUAAUUUUCUUAAAGUUAAAUGAAGGAAGAUGAUGUCUCCACCUCCCUGUGUUGGAAGAAGUAAUCUUUUGAAUCUCAACAGGGAGAUGGAAUUGAGAGUAUAAAGGCUCCCAGGUAUUAGAAUGAGAGCCUUGGUCUGUUCUUCUUAGCAGGCAAGAAAAUGCAACUUUAGACUGCUCCUAGAGUUGGGAGAAACUGAUCUUUUUUUAUACUACAUUACUAGAUAUCUUUCUGGUGAUGAACGCCUAUAUCUUUCAGGAUAUAAACUGUUUUGUUGCACAAAGCUGUGCUUCUCAACUUGUAAUAUUGGGAACCGUAUUAUUGUGUGAGAUAGUACUGCAUCAAUGGCUUUUUGUUAAUUUGUUUUAAGUAUUUAUGUUGGUCUAGCCCCAUUUUGUGCCUGGAGCUACUGGGCGAUUAGAUUUGUUUUGAUUUUCUGUUUUAAUAGUGAGCUGUGUGGCUUUUUAUAUGGUUUUUUGAACUGUAUUAAAAUGUGUGUUUUUUCAUGUAAAAGUGGAGGCCUUGCAGUGUCUCGUACUGAUUGAUACUCAUGAAUUUUGCUGAAACGGUAUUUUCAUAUAUUGGUCAACAGACAGAUUUGCAUUUUAAACUGUGCCUUCUAGGUGUAACUUUACACAGCAAACUUGAAGAUACAAAAGGGACAUUUCAGAUAGGAUUAAUACUGUACAUCGGUCUAUGCAUAUACGGCAGCUUCUUUCCAGAGCCACUUUCUAUUUGUAGCAGUCUUUUUGAUAUGGAGGAAUGUCUCGCUCUUAUUUUUAAUAGUUUAGCACAAGCCGAAAGCUGACAAAAUACAGCACUUUGCCAAAAAAUAGCAUUGCUUAACCCGUGUGUAUUUACUAAAGCGAUCUUCUGUAUUUUGUUUUCAUGGUGCGUUAUGUGCACCGUGGGGAGACAUGACCUGAACUCUCAAUAAAUGGCCUAUUAAAAAAUGUCA